AGCCGAACUGGUCCAGAAUUUGAGCCAUUUCUGCAUCACCUUUCGAGGCAAUCGCAUCGUAGUAGGUUAUCAGUUUCGGUUUGUGGUGCUUUGAGCUGUCAAAUUAUGAGUGCAUCGGCCAGCGUAGAUUCCAAGCGGUCCUCGUACGGAACCGGUGCCGGUGAUGGAAGCCAGCGGGACGCUAGCACCGUUACGGUGCGGACCAUGGACGGAGGGCAGCACGCAGAGCAGGAGUCGGUCGCGCUGACCGUGGAUGGGUUCGGAACGGUGAAGAAUCCGUUGACGGGAGUGGUGGAACCGGUGAAGCGGUUCACGUGGGUUAAUGAGAGUGGGAUGUCGGUGCAGGUCAUUUCGUACGGGGCGAUUAUUACGUCGGUGAAGGUUCCUGGGAGGGAUGGAUCGCUGGAUGACGUGGUGAUGGGGUUCGAUGACAUUCCCGGUUACCAGACAGCGAAUAAUCCUUAUUUUGGGGCGACGGUUGGCCGCGUUGCGAAUCGGGUUGGAGGAGCGAAGUUUACGAUUGAUGGGGUUGAGUACCUGGUGACGAAAAACUGGGAGAACCGACACCAGCUGCACGGCGGGAAGAUUGGGUUCGACAAGUUCAACUGGGCGUCAUAUGUUAACGGGACGGUCGUCACGUUGACCCACACGAACCCGGAGGGACACGAGGGAUAUCCGGGAGCGGUUCUAACGUCGGUCACGUAUCAACUGACGAAUGACAACAAGUUUUUGGUAAAGUUCCAAGCGACCUCCAGCCAUCCGACGCCGAUCAACCUGACGAACCAUUCCUACUUUAAUCUGGCCGGUCACGCCACCGGCCACGAGGAGGUCUACCGGCACAUCAUCACGCUGAACGCGGAUCGUAUCACCGAAACGGACGAAGAUUCGAUUCCGAGCGGGAAUUUCCUGUGUGUUGGUGGAACGCCGUACGAUCUGCGCAUUCCUCGGGAGCUGGGCCCGGCCAUGUCGCGGGCUCCGGGUGAAGGUUACGACAACAACUUCUGCAUCACAAAGGGUACGGAGCAGGGACUGACGUUCACGGCGCGGGUUGUGCAUCCUCGGUCUGGCCGGUUCCUUGAAGUGUACACGGACCAACCCGGCGUUCAGCUGUACACGAGCAACGGCAUGCCGGAUCCGAAUCGGAAUAUCCGUCCCCGAGCAAUCAACGCUCCGGACUACUACGAGGUGACCCAUCUGGAACCGGUGGUGCCAGCGAUGACCUCAGACCCACCGAUCCGCGGCAAGGGCGGUGCCAAGUACUUCAAGCACGGUGCCUUCUGUCUGGAAACGCAAAACUUCCCCGACGCCAUCAACCACGCCAACUUCCCCAACUCGGUUCUGGUCCCGGGCGAAACUUACUCACACGAGGUCGUCUACAAGUUUGGAAUCUACGAGGAGGAUUGAAGUUCUUUCUAUCACAGAAUAAACGUCUCUAAAUAAGCAGUCAAAAUCAG